GGCGGGCACGGGCCUGGCGGAAGCGGGGCAGGCCGGGGGCUUCUCUGGGCCAUGGCGGCCGCGCCGCCGCUGCGGGACCGCCUGAGCUUCUUGCAGCGGCUCCCAAUUCUCCUGAAGGGAACAUCGGAUGACGAUGUCCCAUGUCCCGGCUACCUGUUUGAAGAGAUUGCUAAAAUCUCCCACGAGUCGCUGGGCAGCAGCCAGUGCCUGCUGGAAUACCUCCUGAACCGUCUGUACAGCAGCUCCGGCCACGUGAAGCUCAAGGUGCUGAAGAUCCUGCUCUACCUGUGCAGUCAUGGCUCCUCGUCCUUCCUGCUUAUCCUCAAACGCAACGCCUCCUUCAUCCAGGAGGCCACAGCGUUGGCAGGGCCCCCGGAUCCUCUCCAUGGGAGCAGCUUGUACCAGAAGGUGCGGGCAGCUGCCCAGGACUUGGGGAGCACCUUGUUCUCCGACACCAAGUUGCCGCUGCCGCCCCCCCAGCCUCCCGGGGCCUUGCCUCCUGCAGGCAUGGGCUCCCAGUCCCGGCCUCACAGCAGCCUCCAGGGUUUCGGCUACAGCCAGGAACCGGGCCACACAGGCUCUGCGGGUGAAGCCUUCCUCUCCACCAUCCAGAAGGCUGCAGAGGUGGUGGCCAAUGUCGUGCGCCCUGGGACGGAGAGUCUCAGUGCCCAGAGGCCCUUGCCACAGGGGGACACCUACCAGCCUGCUGUGACACCGCUGGCCAGCCAUGGCCACCCCAUCCCUGGGAACCUGCUGCCCGGGGCCACCACCGUGGGCGCCCGAGCUGUGAGGCACCAGCCCGGGCAGGCCGGAGGGGGCUGGGAGGAGCUGGACAGCGGCCCCAGCUCUCAGAAUUCUUCCCAGAACAGUGACCCGAGCAGGGCCUCGGACUCAGGCAGUCGGUCCGGCAGUGACGGCCACUCGAGGGCCAGCCGGGAGCCAAGCGACCUGGCAGACAGGACCGAGGCCUCGAGUGACUGCCAGCAGGAGCUGAGCCUGGUGAGGACGGUGACCCAGGGGCCAUGUGCCUUCCUGAGCCGUGAGGAGGCGCAGCACUUCAUCAAAGAGUGUGGGCUGCUCAACUGUGAGGCGGUGCUGGAGCUGCUGAUCGGCCACCUGGGCGGGACCAGCGAGCACACACAGAUGAGAGUGCUGAGCGCCAUCGCCUCCCUCGGGGGCGCCGACCUGCUCCCCCAGGAGCACAUCCUCCUCCUGUCCCGGCCGCGGCUGCAGGAGCUCAGCACGGGCAGCCCUGGACCUGUGACCAACAAGGCCACCAAGAUCCUGAGGCACUUUGAAGCCUCCUGUGGACAGCUGCCCCCUGCCCAGAGGCCCCCUGCCACGCCUGGCCCCGCAGCCACCCUUGCAGGCCCGUCCGACCUGCUGGCCGAUGCUGUGCCUCUCGCGGGGGGCCGGGUUGUCCUCCAGCCUCUGAGUUCAGCCCUGCUCCCACCCCUACCUGUGGAUGCCUCCCGCCUCCCAGCCCUCGGAGAUGCCAGUGGGGCCGAGACCGGACUGGCAGCCUCCCGAGAGCCGGGCCCGGGGGGCACAGACACCCCCGAGGGAGGCCCCAGCAGCUGCCCGUGGAGCCGCGACUCCUUGUUUGCCGGCAUGGAGCUGGUGGCCUGCCCCCGCCCGGCGGGGGCCAGGGCUGCUGCAGAGGUGCCCUGCCUGGACCUCCAGGCCGCCCGGACAUCGUCACAGAGGACAGCGGCCAAAGAGCCAGAGCCAUCAGCUUUUGCGUUCCUCAACGUGUGACCGUGUCGGCCUGGCCCUGGAGGGUUUCAGCCUUAGCCGGCGCACUGCGCUUCCAGAGAGGCCCGUGGCCGGAGCUGCUACGGACUCCAGGCAACGUGCUGUGAGGAAGACCCCAGGGCUGCCUCAGUUCCCUCAUCUCCUUUGCCAGAGGCUGGCUGUUUUGGUUUGAUUCCUGCAGCAGAGGACAGGCUGGUGGCAGGGCCUCCGAGUUGCUGACCUCAGGGUCCCAGGGGCACCCCCGCCUGCCUUGCCCUCUGGAACCCGGCUGCUCGUGUGGACUGGGGGCAGCUACUCGGUUCUCACUUUGCUUUGUUUGAACUCUGCUCCCCCUCCCCUGGGGGGCCUCCUUCUCCAGGGGGGAGGCCAGGUGCUGACGAGGCAGGGUUGGUGCCUGUGUCUCGAGGGGGUCUGGCCUGUGGCCGUGCUCAUCGUCCACUCUGUGCGCUGCCUGUGGGCUCCCACUGUCCCCUCUGCCACAGUAGCUCCCAGCAGGCCUGGCCUUGGGUGCCCGAGUGACGAGUCCAGCGUCUCAGGACAGAGACAGGCUGCAGAGCUGUG